CUUUAAGUGCAGUCAACUGUGGUGCAGUAUUGAGAGAAGCUGAUAGAGUGAACAGGGAAGUCACUUCUCUACAGGCUGUUUGUUCAUAUACCAAGCUGCAGUACUUAGUGCAGUAUCUUGUCUAAACUACAGGAAAACUCAACCCUCAAAAGGAAUACUUGGAAGGGUAUACAGUCCCUUGUGCUCUAACAAAAGCAACAGCUUGCAGAAUAAAGUAAUAGAUUAAGAUCAGACUGAAAACAAUGGUUGCUGGUCUAGAAAAGGCUUGUCACAGGUGCAUUUCUAAAAUUGCUGGCAAUGCUUGUUUUAUUUUUGGACUACUUGCCUUCCUUGCAGUACCACUCUCUAUGUCCUUUGUAGGCAUGAAGUUUCUGGAAGACUGCCCAAUUCAACCACUUAUUCCUUUGUAUUUGUUAAUUGGAGGAAUUGUUGGCAGUUUAAAGAUUAUUCUUUUACUGUAUGACUCAGCAAGAAUGAGACAGCUGCUCUCCAAGUCAGUAAUGAUUCACGAUGAUGACGACGAUGAGUAUCCAUGGCGACAGAAUGCUCACAAGUAUUACAUCCAUGUGGUUGUCAGCCUUUUCCUCUUCAUCUGGUUUGUGUUGGGAAACUACUGGGUGUUUUCCAUCUACAUGCCUAACUUUAUCCCGCCUUUCCACCAGCCUCAGGAUUUCUGCAACAAAACGGUGUACCUUUUUGCUGUUGGUGUGCUGCUCCUUAGUCACACGGUCCUGGCGCUGCUCCUGUUCUGCACCUGCUGUGUGUAUUGCUGCUCCAGGAAAAGAUAUUUUACUGACGAUGACUAAGGACUUUAUAAAGAAGACAUAUACUCAACGAGAAGAUUACUCAAAGCUUUUAAUAUCAUGAGCAACGCAGGACUUAACUUACAUCAUUUCUACUGUUUUGCUGUCUAAAUAUUUUUAAUAAUUUUAGGAAUAAUUUAAAGACCUAGUUUCAAAGGUAUAUAAAAUGAGCAGACAGCAGGAACAAGAAAGCUGACUUUCUGGGAGAUUUCUUUGUUAACAAGGGAAACAUCAAAGAAGGCUCAACAGCCUUUCCUGCAUUUAAUACCCAAACACAAGUUUCAUAGUGCAUGGUCAAAGAAACGCAAACUUUUAUAGUGAAGUAUUAAGGGCUUGUUUUAUGGUAUCAAAGCACCAUUUACUUGUACCUGACUUACUGACCACAAGUCUGUCACCCCAUCCGGCCAUUUCAUAUUAUUAAAAAAAAAUUAACUGAAAGCCAUUUUAGCAAAGGGGCUAUACUCCUCUGUACCUCUAAACUAGGGGCUCUUCCCCUGCAUGCCUGAUCUCUGAUUAAACUAUCUCUGUGGCCAAAUCAGUUCAGAGAAAAAGGAAAUAAAUUCAUUCCCUUUUCUAUGGGAUGGUGCAGCCUUUGUGCGGCAGAGCCCCCACAUGGUAAGUUAUAGUGGGCACAGCCACUUUGUGGAAAGCAUGUUCUGUUUUGCUGCAUUUAUUUAUGUCUAUCACAAUGACCUAUUAUGUGGUGGUAACCUUGUCUUCAGUCAUUUGGGUGUGUUAAUUAUCUCACUGGUAAAAUCAAAAAGACCCAUAAUUAAAAUAUAUACAGUUUUUUAUAAGAUGUGGCUAAACAUAUCCUACAGUCAUAUAAAAUCUCCCUCCAAAAUAUAUUAUUUUUAGGUAAAAGAAGCAAACUUAAGCCAACACUGACCCCUAAUAAUUGAUUUUUUCACCAACAUGUCCCUGCUGCUACGUUUGGAAACCAUGUUUGGUAUGCUGCUACGGUAACGUACUUAGUGACUGGGGUUUGCAGAAAACAUAGAUAAAUCUAUUAUGCAUGUUCUUUUGUAAGUACCAACUUAUAAUAAUUAAUUGCAGCACUGCCGGAUUUUUAAUAAUGUUAGAGUUUGGUUUAGGUUACUUUUCCAUUGUUUUAUUUCUGUGUAGCUUUUGAAGAAACAAAGCUUUCCAGGUAAUGUAGUUAAGGCAAUCUGUAUAUCAUUUUCUUAGUCAUUGUUAUGCUGUAUUCUGCAAUGAUGACAGAACAUUUCAUUUUUAUUCAAUACACUUUAAAUUAUCCACCUAA